AUGGAAGCAGAAAUCGUCGGGGAAGCUUCUGCGGCUGUGAUAAUGAUCGGUGGUCUCGGCUUAUUCGGAACACAUUCAUUGCAAGCCGGCGGCAACGGCGGUGGAAGCGGCAAGGGGCAGUGGUUACAUGGUGGUGGUGGUGAAGGAGGAGGAGGAGAAGGAGGUGGUGGAGAAGGCGGUGGCGGACAGAAAAUCUCUAAGGGGGGUGGAGGCGGUGGUAGCGGUGGAGGACAAAGGAGUUCUAGUGGUGGCGGAGGAGGCGGAGGGGAAGGCGACGGAGGAGGUGGCUGA